AUGCACGAAGAUACGACACCACCACAAUCUCACUUCCUCAACCUUCCCUUCGAGAUCAGAUUGCAGAUCUACGAACUCUUUGCUACCGUCCCGCCCCUCGAACCUUUUCAGGAACGAUUCAACGACCACUUCAUCGCUGUCUGGGCUCGAAGAAAUUUGAUGCUGUCCACAACCAUCAAAGUGCAUACCCCCAAGGAGCUUCAUGAACUCAAUCCACAACGAUUCAAAUACGGCCCCUUUACGGGCAAACACAUAGAGAAGAAAUUUGUUCGGCCAGAAGCUUGCUGUACGCUGGCAGAGUUUGAUCAUCACUUUUUGAAAAGACUCCAGCCAUACAAGAUAUGCAACAUCCGAAAAUUGGAAUACAAUGGACCCACUUGGUUCAUCAACUCCACGGAUAGUACGAGUACGCACGCGCUCGAUCUGUAUGUCGACUCUGCCGCAUUGAGGUCCCUCGGUCGCAUCCUCCGCUCAUACAAGAGUAUCAUGACGUCGUUGUCAGAGGUUGUGUUGGGGUAUGUAUGGCCCUUCAGUCCAGAUAGUCGAUCAUGGCCCUCUCAAUCCAGUACAGACCCCAAUUUCGAGGCAAAGGAGGUGUGGAGGAAUGCUGCAAGCAGCGGUAAUUGGGCCGGGACCAUAAGGGCGAUGCAGAGCUCGACGCGCUCGGGAAUUUUCAGAGGAUGGGGCAUCGAGAAGGAAGUGGCCAUUAUCAUCUGGCGGCUGUCGCAUCGGGCAUAUAGCAUCAAGGAAGCUAAGGUCACUUUUCGUAAAGCCCAAAGUUCACAAGAUUUGCCCCUAGCGGACCAAGUGGUUCCCCAGCUGCAUAUUGAAUGGUCGCGCUACUGA